AUGAUUUCAAAUAAUUAGUGUUUCAUACCAAGAGAGAAAGCUUAUAAGUAAAGAGCUUAUACAAUCAAUUUAGGAAUCUUUUUAUCUUAGUCAAAAUCAUAGUAUGUUACCUAGAUCAUGAAAUCAAUAGAUUAAAUUAAAGCACUACAAUUAUUUAAUAGGCAAUUAUUAACAAAAUAUUUGUCAAAGAAUUUGAUUAACAUGUAAAAUUUUAUCUAUAUAUAGAAAACUUCUUAGCUUAAGCAAACUUGCAGUAAACAUAGCAAAGAGAUAAUUAUGUUCAAUGUUAAUGUUGAUAAAUCAGAUUAGUAGACUAGUGCUGUGUAGAAUGUGUUGACGAAAAUCAUAUUAGCUUAAAAGAAGCAAAAAAAAGGUGGAUUCAUUUAUUGGCUAUUAUAGGAUUUAAUCAGUAAACAUGAUUUCCAAAGAGAGAAAACCUUUAAUUUAUUAUAAAUGAGAUUAAGUAAUUGAAAGACUAUUAUAAUAACUCAUUAUCAGAAUCAAUAGAUGAGUAAUUAAUGAAGAAUAAUUAAGAUAUAUAGAAACAAGAUAGGCUUGAUUAUUUAUUUUUACCAAAAUGUCAAAUGUAAAUCAGAUUCUAUUAUAAAACAUGAUCUGCUAUACAAGUAAUAAUUAAUGAAUAUUUUCUAGAAUUAUAAAAAGAAGCUGA